AUGGCGGAUCAGCUCGCGCCGUCGAAGCGGCACGCGCACGAGCACGAGGGCCGCGUCGUGUACGAGUGGGACCAAACCCUGGACGAGCUGAACCUCUACGUCCCCGUCCCGAAGGGGAUCGGCGCGAAGAUGUUAGACGUCGACGUCGGCGCGGACGCGUUGAAGUUUGGCAUCAGAGGCAACCCGCCCUACCUCGCGCACGACCUCUCGCACUCCGUGAAGACGAGCGAUUGCUUCUGGACGCUCGAGGACGGCGAGCUGCACGUCACGCUGCAGAAGAUGAAGCGCGGGAAGCCGUGGGACGCGCUGUUUAAGGGGCACGAGGGUGGGCUCGACGCGUUCGCGGAGAGAGAGGAGCGGGAGAGGCUGAUGAAAGGCGCCGGCGCCGCGUUCAACGGCGAGGCGCCGAGCGCGGACGCGUUCAUGGGCGGGAUCAAGCACGCGUCGUGA